UUCAUUUUCACACUCAAAACCCUAAUUCCUUUUCUUCUUCAAUUCGAUUCAAUUUUCUCCCAAAAUCUCAAUGGCUCCUCGAAAAUCUCAAUCCUUCUUCAACCUCACAACUUCACGCGAGCUCAAUUCCUUCCGAGUUCGAAAAAGACCUAAUUACGAUGGAUGGUUUCACGGAUUCUUAGAUGUUGGAGCUGUAGCUACUCAGCAUAACGGUGAAGACGUUGUUCCUCUUGCGCUUUCGUUCGCUAAGACUUCGAAAUUUUGUCAUAUUCUUGCUUUGUCUAAUGAGGAGGGAUAUGUUAGCUUUUUUGAUACUCGUCGAAAAUUUGCGGUGCCUCAGUGUCUAGAAAGAAAUGCAGAGGAAGCGAGGAUUUGUGAAUGGAGUUCGCAUAAUAAUGCAGUUUUUGAUGUCAAUUGGAUUAAGGAUGAUACACAGAUCCUCACUGCUUCUGGUGAUCAAACGGUUAAGGUAUGGGAUGUUCAAGAAAAGAAGUGUCUUGGAGUGUUAACAGGGCACACAGGAAGUGUGAAAUCUAUUUCUUCUCAUCCAACUAAUCCCGAUAUCUUAGUCUCUGGUUCAAGAGAUGGAUCUUUUCGUCUUUGGGACUUAAGAUGUAACUCCAAUUCGAAUAGACGUGGAGAAGUUAGGAUAUGUUCAACGGAUGUUGUCAAUGGAGCACAUAUUCUGUAUCAAGGACUACGACCAAGGAGGGGCAAGGUUGCUUCCAAUAGUGUUACAUCUGUUCUUUGGCUCAAGGAUCAAGUUUCCAUAGCCACUGCUGGGGCAGUAAAUAGUGUGGUGAAGUUUUGGGAUACCAGAAAUUUAAAAAGUAUUGUCACACAAGCAUGUCCUGAACCAGGAAAGCAAAGAUUACACGGUAUAUCUAGCUUGUCCCAAGAUGACAGUGGACUGUUGCUUUCUGCUUCCUGCAUGGAUAGCCGAGUUUAUCUAUAUAAUACACUUCAACUUGAAAAGGGGGCUUUGAGAUACUUUGAAGGAGGUCGUAUUGAAUCAUUUUUUAUUAAGGCUGCGAUUAGCCCCGAUGCAUCUAACAUCGUUUGUGGUUCUAGUAAUGCAAAAGCAUAUGUUUGGCAGGUUGACAAGCCUCAAGUGGAACCAACUAUUUUGAAGAGUCAUUACGAGGAAGUUACUGCAGUUGACUGGUGCCGGUCUGACAAUGGAAAAUUAGCAACUGCUUCUGAUGAUUUCUCUAUCCAUAUAUGGAAUAAACGCAGUUCUGUUACAACAUCAAAGACUCCAUUUUCCAUCCGAAGAAGGGUUAUGGCCAUACCUAGAACAGAGUGCAAAAUGCUACUAGACAAUGAAGAAACUUGUCCUAAGUCAAGUGACUAUGUUCUACUAUCCAAUGAAGAACCAAAUGACCCAGUAAAGUCAGCCACUCCAAUCACACCACCUAAAACAACUACAUCUGAAGGGCACAAGAACCAGCUUUUAUCAGAAUUUGAUCUAACCAUAUCUCCUAAAAACACUCCAGAGUCUGCUUUGAAGAGCCCUUCGUCUGUAUUGAAUCCACCGCCCUCCCUAAAGAGAACUAUCCGGGACUACUUUGUAGCAUCUUCUUGAAUCCUUUAGGAAGAUUAUACCAACCAAAUUUUGUUGACAGGUAGUUGUAGAUAGUGAUCCUGUGAUAAGGUGGUUUGAGUGGCUUGGAUUUCUGAAUAUGCCAUUGGGUUAUCUUAAAUGUAAAGUGCAUACAAGGAUUGGUUAUAGCAAGUGAAGAAGCUAAAAGCUAAAUACAUUGUAAAGCUGGGAUUUUUUUUGCUUCUGCUUGCUAGAGACAAGGGGUGUAUCAUAUAUUCUACUAUUGAUGAUUUGAUGAGCAUACAAAUUCUACUGUCAUGUUUUGUUGUAAACAAUUAGGCUAAGUAGCGCUGCCGGCUCAAAAACCAUGGUUGAUGUUCAUUAUUGAACUGCGUGAAUCUAAUCUAUGACUGCAUAUAAAAUGCUUGGCAUUUACUUGAACACUAUAAGUGAAUGACCGAUCCUUUUGUAAGCGCAAUGUACAAAAAUGAAUGUAAGCACUGACUGAUGCUUUUGUUUUGAUUGUUGAGGUUGGAAUUGAUCUGUUUUUAUA